ACUUGUUCUCUGGUGAGAGUAAAAACGGGACGAACGCACAAACUUGAAAAUAAAAAAUAAAAAAAUACUGUCAUAUCAAAAUUUUGAAUCAAAAACCACAAUCCAACCUCCGAUCGCAUCUCCGAUUCCGCUUUUGAAACCCCUGCCUCCCUUUUCGCUCUGUGUAAUCCGAGAGCGCGCCAGAUUUUUCGAUUUGGUCAACUGCGUCAGGAUGCCGUCCCGCCGAAGAGCUCUCCUCAAGGUUAUCAUUCUCGGCGACAGCGGGGUGGGGAAGACCUCAUUGAUGAACCAGUAUGUAAAUAAGAAGUUUAGCAACCAAUACAAAGCCACAAUCGGGGCAGAUUUCCUGACCAAGGAAGUUCAAUUUGAGGACAGGCUUUUCACUUUACAGAUAUGGGAUACAGCUGGGCAAGAGAGAUUUCAAAGCCUUGGAGUUGCUUUUUACCGCGGUGCUGACUGUUGUGUGCUUGUCUACGAUGUCAAUGUGAUGAAAUCAUUUGACAACCUUAACAACUGGAGGGAGGAAUUCUUAAUUCAGGCAAGCCCAUCUGAUCCUGAAAAUUUCCCAUUUGUUGUGAUUGGCAACAAGAUUGAUGUGGAUGGUGGAAAUAGCAGAGUGGUGUCCGAGAAAAAGGCUCGAGCCUGGUGCGCCUCAAAGGGGAACAUUCCCUACUUUGAGACUUCUGCUAAAGAAGGCACCAAUGUGGAAGAGGCUUUCCAGGUCAUUGCAAAGAACGCGUUAAAGAGCGGAGAAGAAGAAGAGAUAUACUUGCCCGACACAAUUGAUGUUGGAAGCAGCAAUCAGCAAAGAUCGACCGGGUGCGAAUGCUGAAGAGAAGAGAAGAGAAUGAGAAUGAAAAGCUCCUGAAGGCAAGACCAAGUGAUAUGUUAUUGCCCUGUGUUAUUUAUUUCCUUGUACACUAUAAAAUUUGUGUGGUUUGAUUUAUACCCCUUGUUGAAUUAGCUGUGCAUGGACUUACUCACUGCUUUAAUUUCAUUUAAUCCCCCAGGGUUGCAUUAUUUUGUGUAUUUAAUCAUUUAUAUAUCAUUUGCUAAAUUCAUGUAUUUUGAUUCUAAUUAUUGCUCUGGACUCUUCUUAUGUA